GCUAGUUAGUUCUUGUGUUCGGAACAAACAAGUGAAGUCACAUAUCGUGAUACUACACAGUGAUAGAAUCGAUAGAAUUCUCGAAGGAACGAAGAGAAGCGCCGAAAAUGGAUGUGGUGGGAGCUCUGGUCAAUCUGCUGCUGAUCUCGGCCUGCGCUUACACGAUGUGCUCACUGACCCCGGCGGAACAUCCGUAUGCCUACCUGGCGGCAUCCUUCAGCCUGGUCCACGGGCUGCUGGGCGUGGUGCGCUCCUUUGCCGAAGAGCCCGACGAGUGCGGACACACCUUUGACAUUCUGGCCAACAUCGAGUUCUACGGCAUGUCGCUGAUCCCACUGUUCUACGACAUAAUCGGCAAGAUGAGCGAGGAAUGGGACAGCUCCACGGACACGCUGAAGGACCUAGCUCUGUUGGGCAACAUCGGCUCCACGUUGUAUCUGGCCAUCAAGGACGGCAACCAUCUCUACCUCGGUGUGGCGGCCAACGCGUUCCUCGCCCGAUACGGCGGUGCAAUUGUCGGUAUGACGGUUAUGACGUACUCACUGAGGGCUAAUUGCUAAGACUUCAAUUUGAU